AUGGAAUAAUAAUAAUAAUGGUUGCCUCUUAGUAAAUAAAUCUUAGAAUAAACUAAUUAAGAAACAGCAUCUAAAUUCUACGUUUAAUACUUAAAAAUUGCUAGUUAUUAUAAAAGAAUUAUUGAUUUACAUAAUUAAUUUAAAUAUAAUAUACUUAAUUGUUUCAGAAUUGUGCAAAAAGUAAUUCAGGUUUUAAUCUAAAAAAGGGAUUAAUCUUUAAUUGAUUCUGAAUCUCUUUAAAUACAUUCGAUUAAUUACUUAUUAGAUUUAACAUUACUAUAUUUGAAGAAUAUGCUUCGGCAGUAUUUUAACAUUUUAGGGAAAAUGGAAUUACUUAUUGGCAAUUUAAAAAUUCUUUAAGAUUAGAUUGUUAUUAUAAUUAAUUUAAAAAGACUUAAGAAACAUUAAAGAAAAUUGAUUCAUUUUUCUUUUAUUAUUAUGAUAAUGUUCUAUCAGAGAGACUUUUACUUACUUUUACUUAGUUAGAAAUUAAAUGUAUUUUAUUAAUUAAUAUUAUAAAAGAUUAUUUUCAAAAAAGGGUUUGAUAAAAAAUGGAGUAACUGGAAUAUAUGGAGCCAGUAAUAUAGUUUGGAUUCAGGCAGAAGUAUUUUUUUUGACGAUUAAAAAUUCUUCGUCUCAAUUAGGGAUUGGUAAAGGGGUUUUUAACACAUUAUAAUACAAUCUAAAAGUAUUCAUUUAAACUUCUAUUAUUUAGUCAUAAUAUCUUACACUCACUCUAAAAUUGUUUAUUUAAAUUUCUAUUAUUUAAUCAAAACAUAACACUUUAAAAAGUUUGUUCUUAAAAAUUUCUAUUAUAUAAUCAUUAUCUUAAAUGAUGAU